UUUUAACUCCAAGUUCCAAAUCAAACUCAAAAUUGUUCAUUCCUUUAUUUGGCUAAAAAGUAGUCACUUGAAAGUGAUUGUUGUACGCAGAAAUAGACAAAAGAGGAAAAAGAACAAGACAAAGAAUGGAAUAUUGGAGUAGCUCCUUCAUCGAUGGCGCUUCUUCCUCCAACUUCAUCUCUCCUUUCUACAACUUUGACCAUUUUCAAGGAAACCAAGACAACAGAUGUCUCGCUUCAGGUACAAUGGUAGGUGCACAACAAGGUAUGCUUCAUGUCCCUCUACAAAUGGUUGAAAGUGGUUAUGGAGAAGAAAGCAACAAUAACAAUGGACAGCAGAAGAAAAAGAAGAAGAUGACGAGCGAGCAGCUAAAGUUCCUUGAGAGAAGUUUUCAAGAAGAGAUAAAGCUGAGUCCGGAUAGGAAAAUGAAGCUGUCCAAAGAACUCGGGCUGCAGCCGAGACAGAUUGCGGUUUGGUUCCAGAACAGGAAAGCCAGGUGGAAGAACAAACAACUAGAGCAUCUCUAUGAAUCACUAAGGCAAGAGUUUGAUGUUGUCUGUAGAGAAAAAGAAUUGCUACAAGAAGAGCUUAUACAACUGAAAUCGAUGAUAAGAGAGAAUGGUUCAAACAAGAAGGUGCAAAACUGGGGAAAAGCCUUCAGCUAGAGGC